AUGGAAGCGAGCUCCUCUAGCCGUACCUGCUUUUGCUUGACUCCAUCAGCACCGCCCAUUCGGCUUCAUGACACGCACUGCGGCGAUUGUCUAGGGCCAUCUGGCGGUGAACAAACACCUCGUUUGACCACCGUUUGCGAUAAAAGCGGGUCUUUCGGGCACUCGAUCCCCGUCCUCCGGUGCCGUGCCUUCCUCCGUCAACUCACGGUCCCCUCUCCUCAGGAAGGAGGUACUGAGGUACGUACCCUUUUUGCUUACCUAAUGGAGGCAGGUACGUUCGGGAGAUGCCCAAGGUUUGCGAGGACCUUCCCAGUAGCGAGCACGACAAGCGCAGCAAAACUUGAGCUGUCACCGUCUGACCAGAAGCGCACCGUCUCCCCGCUAGCCCAACCACCCACCCCUCCCUCCUCCAACUCUCUCCCAACCCAAACCGUUUUCUCUCAUCGAGUGCUUGCUCAUGGCACUCGAUCAAUUCGAUGCCCAACCUCUCAUCCGUCAUCAGUCCACGGAUACACAAGCAGCCCAUGGAACGAAAGGGAAGAAAAACCAAGGAAUGAAGCCCAACGGCGAUACAACGAUGAUGGCGACCAAGUAGUACAGAUGACCAACUACCCAAACGUAUUUCGUGGCCUGGUCUGGCCUUGCCAUGAUAUCAGACGUACCUGGCCACAGCCAAAGAAACGUCGCCAGCAAAGUCAUGGGUGUGCCGUACCCCGGGUCGAUAUGCCAUACGAGGCUAGCCAACUUUUGCCCGUGUCCAUCAGCUAUUAUUCGAGCUUUCCGCCGGGAACGCGCAAAGACAAUGGCAGGCCACUGGCAGGCCACAGGCCACACAGGCCGCAGGCCGCAGAACAGACGGCGCCACAUGGUCGUGAUCAUCUUGCGAACCCCCAAGGGGACUAG